UUGUAGUCUUUACAUGGUGGCGGAACUAAAGGCAGGAGUAAUUAGCUCGCAAUUAACCACUAGCUAGACAGUGAAAAGCUAAUGAAUGUGCUUGUUAAUUGUUUUAUUAACAAGGCAAACGAUACCUGUAAUACAAAUUUAAUGUGGUGGUAUAAAACUUGCUGCCAUUAGUCAGUAAGGUAGUCGGCGCGUAAUGUGGCUUGCUCAGCUUAGUUUAGCCUUUAGCUAAGCGGCAUUGCUCAACUCAGUUUCAACAGAUAUGUGUCUCAAUAAGGAAGGAGCUUGUUACUGUAACACCUAGCUAGCAGCCUGUGUGACUGAACGACUGUCGUUCAUAUGUUAUUGUGUUGACCUGUCGUUGGUUAAAUAGGCUUUCUCGGAAACUGGAGCUGCCUGCGAAACGUUCACAACAUGUUGAACAUUCCGACCCAAUCGUUCCCUGCGCCGAGCUCCCAGCAGCGAGUCGCUCCGGCCGGCCAGUCCGGGAGGAACAAGGUGGCCUUGAAGCCCGGCCACAGUCUGAUGGACUGGAUUCGGUUUUCCAAGAGUGGAAAAGAUCUGACCGGGCUCAGAGGGCGCCUGAUUGAUGUUACCCAGGAAGAGCUGCAGAAACACAACAGAAGAGAUGACUGCUGGACCUGCAUACGAGGUCCAUCGCUGGGUGAACUAUGAGUCCAUGUUGAAAGAGUGCCUGGUGGGCAGGAUGGCUGUUAAGCCAACCACAGCUGUUAAAGCUAUCAUCCCUCCUCCACCACUGACUAGCCUCGCCCCACCUGUCUCAGUGGCUCCUCCCCCAGACAAAGACUCUCGGCCUCGGUACGACUGGUUCCAAACGGAUGUGACUGUUCACCUGGUGGUUUAUGCUAAAAGGAAGCUCUCUACUACCGGGAUUGUGUGUUAGUGUCUAAGACUGAAGUGAACCAUAACACCUACGUGUUCAGAUUACAAUUUCCACGUGGGACUGUAAGGCAUGUACCUGUUGGAAAACAUGUCUACCUCAAGACCCUCAUUCAAGACACUGAGGUGGUGAGGCCUUACACUCCAGUAGAUGAGAGCCUGGUAGCUGCCUCCCAACACUCCUCACAGGAAUCAGAUCUCUACCUCAUGAUCAAAGUUUACCCUGAUGGGGUGUUCACCCCACAUCUCAACAACCUGCGCAUCGGUGACCAAAUAUCUGUUAGUGGUCCAGAGGGUACCUUCAGUCUCCGCCCCCUUCGUGAGAUUGCAUACCUCUACCUUUUAGCAGCAGGCACAGGGUUCACGCCCAUGGCUCGCCUCAUCCGACUGGCCGUACAGGACAGUGACACCAUCAGAAAAACCAAGCUGCUCUUUUUUAACCGGCGAGAAGAGGACAUUGUGUGGCGCUGUCAGCUGGAUGAGCUGGCUGCUAAUAAUGAGAGGUUUCAGGUGGAGCACGUCCUCUCUGAGCCCUGUGAAAGUUGGACUGGCAGGAAAGGUCGGGUGGAUGAGUCUAUGCUCAAGGAUUUCCUCAACAGGCCAGAUGGGUCUAAAUGUUAUAUGUGUGUGUGCGGCCCCACUGCCUUUACAGAGCUAACAAUAGGGUUGUUGAAGCAGCAGGGCUUCAGUGAAGAGGAGCUCCAUGCCUUCCAGGGCUGAUGAACUCUGCCUCAACCCAGCUCCAACGUUGCAAAGAUUGUGUGUGCCUGUGAGUGAGUGUGUGUGAGAGACAGUCGAUUUUAAUUUAUGUGAUUGUGAGAAAUGAAAGGAAAACUGUAUUUCUAUGCACCAAUGACCUGAUGAUGCUGACAGCCGACAACACACCCAAGGCUUUGAUAGGCUGUGAAGAAAAUCACAAAACCACAGUGCAGUAGGAUUCUUCUGAUUCUGGACAGUUUGGUCAAUGUCUGGAACAAAGUUUAUAGGGUUCUUGAAAACUAUUGUAAAGGUGUGUAAAAUAAAAGCAGUAAAAUAUACUGAGAUAAA